AUGGAGGAAUCUUUGGGGACAGGCGCCAACAUGAACAUGAACGAGGGAGCUCCCAAUCAGCAGCAGCAGCAGCAGCAGCAGCAGCAACCACAGCAGACUGGCUAUCAGCAAUAUCCUUCGGUUCCAUUGUAUCCUGUAACUGCAACAACCGGUACGGCGCCUGUGGCGACCAAUGCGGUCCAAACGGCAGCCACUGCAUAUACGGCUCCAGCCACAACAACUGCGGCAGGUCAACCCUACCCAGGAUACUACCCAGCCACCACGGCGACCACCACAGCCAAUAAUACUGGCCCGACAGCACUACCCAUUUGGCCAACAGCAGGAGGAGCUAUAGCACCCUAUCCAGUGGCGACGGCCACUGCCACCAAUCCCUACGCGGCAGCUCAAGCCACCACUGCAGCUGCUGCAGCAGGUACUAGUGUUACCGCCACCAACCCCUACAAUGCAGCUCAGCAAACAACAGCAGUCACUCCCUAUCCAUCUACCACGGCCGCACGACAAUCGGCCAAGGCGGCAGCUGCCGCUUACAAGGCACAACAGCAACAACCAGGACAGCGUACGGUCACCACGGGAUAUGCUCGCAAUGCUUCGGCACGAUCUCCAGCACAACAAUCCAAACAUGAAGCUGCACGACAGUACGCUCUGGACGCCAACAACGCAACAACAACAACAACAACAGCUAAUAAUACCACUGCUGUUCGAUCACCACCCACGGCCAGAGCUCCUCCUGCUGCCAAUAAUACGACGACAGCAACCGCCACAACUGCCACUGCCGCUCAUCAUCGUCAGUAUGAUCCGUAUGCCUAUCACUACUCAUACUAUUACCAGUACUUUUCCACACAACCCCGACCCAAGGGAUACGAAGGACAGUGGCCUCCACCACCCUUGCCGGGAUUUGACUAUGCGUCUCCAGGGUAUCAACAGCAAUUACAGCAGCAACAACAGCAGCAGCAACCAACAACAACAGCAACAAAAACAGCACAGAACAACAAUACUACUGGUAAACGAGCAUCCUUGUCUCCCAAACCACGUCCCACCAUGACUGCCCGACCUACGAAUAUUACUACCCAACAACCACCCAACAACAACAACAACAACAACAAGACGGCAUCACCUCCCAAGAUGGCAUCUCCAUCGCGCAAGGAAACACGCAAAUCUACCCAUAAAAAAGACGAGGAGGAAGACGAAACGGCAGCGGCCAUGGAUGUCACUGUGGGAUUGUUGACGCGAAAGUUUUGCAGUUUGAUUCAUGCAUCCAUCACGGGAACCAUCGAUUUGAACGAAGCCGCCAUUCAGCUGGGGAUACAAAAGAAACAAGUGCAGGAAAUUGCCGACGCUCUAGAGGGGAUUGGUCUCCUCGAAAAACGGGCCAAGAAUACUGUCGUGUGGAAGGGGGCAUUGGGAGCGUCCACGGCCAUGGCAUCAUCAUCUGCUGCUGCUGUCGUCAAUAAACCAACCGAACAAGAUGCACACCUCAAGGUCGCCAUGGAACGAGUGCGGGCCAAGGUGGACCAUUACUACCGCGAGGAAGCCAUGCUCGAUUGUUGGAUCUCCACUCUGCAGUCACAAAUGAAGCAAGAUGAAGAGGAUGCCAGCAAACAUCUUGUACAAACGGGGGAGGGAGAACACGAGCACAUGCCCUUGAAUUUUGUCAUGAGCAAGGACAUUAUUGAGGCAAUGUAUUACCCCAUACAACCCAUCAAACCACCCAAAGAUGCCACUCUCAUUGUCAAACGCCCCAAUACAUCCAAAGAACCACAAUCUGCCAUUGUAGCCGUUCAUGCACCCGACGGAAGUCUGGCAGAAGUGUCGGCAGAUACCAAUAAUCCCAACCAACCGUUUCCAUUCCAGUUGUCGAUAUCGCAAAAGAGCGAUCUCCAGAAAAUGGUGGAUCGAAAACGCAAAGCGGAAGCCAAUGGGGAAGUCGUGGACCCAAAGCGGCAGCACAACAGUAUCGAAGAUGGGACGAACAACAACAACAAUCCGAUUGAAGUGUACUUGAUGCCUGUGGAGUACAACUCUAAGCUGGACAAAAUGAUAUCCUCUGGCGCCAAGGUCCUCCCUACGAGCCAAAUGGCCCGGCAGCAGGAAGAAGAGACAGAAAUGAUACUUUCGGGACAGGGACCACCGGAAGAGGAAGAAACUACGUUCACGAGCCCCACACUGCUUCCUCAAGAGGGCGUUGCAGACUUUUUCCACUUUUAG